UUAAAAACAUUUUUGACUGAUUUUAGUUGCAAGGGGCAAGGGUGGGGAAUAAGGAGGAAGAAAAUGAAAAAAAUGGGGUCUCUAAAGUUUAAAAAAUUUCCCUUAAAAAUUCUGCACUCACAAAAAAAAUUUUUUUUUCUUUUUUAGUUAAUAAAGACGCCUUAAAUUAUGAUUUAAUAGCAAUUGGUUUUGAAGAAAUUGUUGAUUUAAAUACAAAUAAUUUGGUUAAAGCAAGCACUACAAAUCAAAGAAUAUGGCGGGAUGGAUUGAAACAAACUAUUGAAAUUUGGCAAAAAAAUAAUUUUGGACAAAAUGCUGAAAAUUUUGUUGUUUUGUGUUGUGAACAAUUGGUUGGUGGGUGUCUGUUUAAUCCUUUUUGCUCGUUCCUCCCUUUUAAAUUCAAUAAAAGAUUUGGCUAUAGAAGAAAUUAAAACUGGAAUGGGGGGAACUACAGGAAAUAAAGGCUCUAUAGCUGUUCGUUUAACAAUAAAUUCAACGGGAAUUUGUUUUGCUUGUUCUCAUUUUGCUGCUGGACAAAAUGAAAUUGCUACAAGAAAUGCUGAUUUUCAUUCGGCUUUGAAAAGAUUAAAAUUUCCUAUGGGUCGAGGCUUACAAGAUCACGAUGUUGUUUUUUGGUUGGGUGAUUUUAAUUAUCGAAUAUCUCUUUCAGGUGAUGAAGUAAAAAGAGCAAUUAAUUUAAACAAUUUUGAAUAUAUUGCUGAAUAUGAUCAACUGUUACAACAAAAGAAUAUGGGAAAUGUUUUCACAAAUUUUAAUGAAGGCCAACUUAAUUUUCCUCCAACUUAUAAAUAUGAUACUUUUAGUGAUGAUUAUGAUACUUCAGAUAAAUGCAGGCAAGAUUAA